AAAUUUUUAGACCUUUCAACAAAAUCGUUCUUUCCGUGUAAAUAAUAAUGUAAAGUAAAAAAUUUGGCACACUAUCUAUAAAAAGUGUAUUGGUCUUAAAUUGAAUUUGUAUUAAUUAAAAUAUUAAAAAUCAAAUUUUUAUCUUUUAUUAUCCCAUCAAUCUCCGAAUGUUAUAAUGUUCAAAAAAAUUUAGUUAUAUUUCUUGUUGAAUAAGAAAUACGAUUAAUUUGUUCGUAAAUAUUCCGCAUUUGUGAAGAAAUAUCAAAAGAUGGCAAAAUGGAGCGAGAGAGAAACGAUUGGUUCAUAUGAAUGAAACGGAAGUUUGGAAGAUGUAUGGCGCAAGUGAAAUGUGAUCUAAAGAGCGAAAUAAAAGAAUGAAUAAUUCUUGAAGUUUCAAUAUUCGCUUGAAUCAUGUCUUUCGGGGAUGUUUUGAUUGAAGAGGAUGGCUUUGGAUUCGUGCCAAGGUCACCUGGUGCUUUAUUGGAGAAAUCACGCGAGAUCGUUAGAAGGUACACUCUAACGAAUAAACACAAGGCGAUUGUUCGUCUGAUAUCCUGGGGUGCUGGUAUUCAAUCAAUCAAAGUUCCCAAUCGAGAUGGUAAACUGGCCGACGUUGUUUUUGGAUUCGACAACAUAGAUGGAUAUUUGAAGAACAGAUACAUGGGAAGCAUCAUUGGUCGCGUUGCCAAUUGCAUUUCCGGCAGUCCGAUGCAACCCGGCAACGUAAUUUAUCCUUUGUCGAUUAACGGCGGGACUGGAGAGGAUCGUUUCAAUGGCGAUACAUUCGCGUUCGACAAUGUUAAUUGGCAGUCGCAGAUAGUGAACAAUCGAGUGGUGAUGUCGCAUUUGAGCCAGAGCUACAGUCAGGGAUAUCCCGGUGACGUGUUAACGCAAAUUAAGUACACCUGGACGGACGACAAUCAACUUCACAUCAACAUCCGUGCCACCAGCACAAGCCCCACUCCCAUCAAUAUUACUAAUUAUUGUUUGUUCAAUCUCGCCGGACAUGGUACAGGCUCGAAGGAGUUGAAGAAACACGUCCUUACGGUCAAUGCUGACAGUUUGGUCUUCAGGAAUAACUUGCCGAUAAACGUUAUAUGUUCGGUAGACGGUACAGAAUGCGACCUACGUUUACCAGUACAGCUGAACCAGCGUCGAUUAUACGGUAUACCGGGUGGUGGUUACAACCACAAUCUGUGCGUCAACAGUCCCAGCAGCUGGUGUUACCGUUUCCACGCUCGAAUUUUGCAUCCUACUUCCGGACGAUUUUUGGAGGUUUACUCGAAUCAUCCUGGAUUGCAAAUCUAUACGGGAAAUGAUUUGCCACAUCAACAUGUUUAUCCCCCUGAUUUAAAAGAUCACGAUUGGAAAGACUGCGAGAAUGUGCAAGUCAAUUCUUCGAAAUCGGCAAAGGAAAUUGUAAAGAGAAAUACAACGGAAGUUUAUGGCAAAGGAGGCGUUCCCUAUCGCCGUCAUAGCGGAUUUGCUAUUUCGCCCCAGAAUUAUCCUAAUGAUGUUAAUAGUGAAUACUUUCCAUCCUACAUGCUGUAUCCCGGAAGGAUUUAUAUGCACGACAUGACGUACAAGUUUGGAGUACUUUCCGAAGAUUAAAACAUUUUUCUAUUUAAUUUAUUUUUUCAAUGUUUAACUUUUUAUCUUGCAAUAUACGAAGAUUGUGUUUUUGAAAAUAAAUUUUUUUAUACUUCAAAUAAAUUCUUAAGUACACACGGAAUAGAAAAUAUGAGUACGCCAAAUUUCCAUUGCUUGUCUUCAGAGAUAAGAUUAUAGAUCAAAAUAAUAAAUUUAUCAAGUACGCACAAA